CUCUACUUGGGCAGGUGUUUGAAAUGCCCUGUUUCGUCUCCUCCAGCCGCUAAGAUGGUUUCUGGGUCAUGUAGGAAAAGGCAGCAUAUCUGGGUUUCUGGACGCAGCCAAGGACAUGAUGGUCAUGCAGAGAAAGCAUGAACCUGCACUAGACUUGAGAAACACUCAUGUAAACAACACGAGAAAGAUAUAAGACAGUGAGCCACAGUGAGCGAGCCACGACGAGCGAGCCUGCUGUUUUACAGCCGACCCUUAAAUUCGUUGGCGUUUCUAUCAAACAACCAUGGCGGCACCCAUGGAGCUGCUUUGCUGGGGAGGAGAUUGGGACUUGCCGUCCGUACACACAGAGUCCCUCAUUGUGCUGGUGUAUGCAAAAUUUGCUGGUGCCAAACUUACAGUGAAGCCAGUGGACUGGACAUGGAGGACUAUUACAGCCUCUAUUCCACAGCUGCACUAUGAGGGAUCUUCAGUGACAGAACCUACACAGAUUCUCAACGUCCUCAGAAAAAAUAGAUUCAAUGCAGACUAUGAGCUGUCAGCCAAGCAAGGGGCCGACACCAUGGCCUACAUCGCGCUGCUGGAGGAGAAACUGCGGCCUGCUUUGCUCCACACGUUCUGGGUGGAUGCAGAGAACUAUGUGAACCUGACGAAGCCGUGGUUUGCUUCACGCUCUCCAUUCCCUCUCAACUUCUUCGUUCCAGCCCGACAGGCCAACCUGGCCCUCUCCAGAAUCCUCCUGACCAAAGCAGAAGCGCCUCUACAUUCCAUUACAGAAGUGGAAGGAAAGAUCUACAGUGAAGCCAAAGAGUGUCUGAAUCUGCUCUCUCACAGACUGGGGACCUCCCACUACUUCUUUGGAAACACGCCUACAAGUCUGGAUGCCUUUGUUUUUGGCUACAUAGCUCCUCUCCAUAAAGCAAGUCUGCCCAGCGGUCAGCUCCAGCAGCAUCUGAAACAGCUUCAUAACCUUUGCCAGUUCUGCAGCACCGUCCUGAAAAACUACUUUGAUGAGACUGGCUCUGGCUCUUCUCCCACUAGCCAGGAUGCAGUUGAUGCCAACCUCCAGAAACUGACACAGCUUGUUAACAAAGAGUCCAACCUUAUUGAAAAGAUGGACGAUAACCUCCGCAGUAGUCCCCAACACAGACCCAGUAGACCCCAUAGACCUGACCCCAAACCUUCAUCUCUGGCCACUGAGAGAAACUCAACCCCUGCCUGACACCCACACCCCCUGGAAACACUGGUAUCUUCCUUUGCCUAUUUAUUUAAGGUCAUAUCUGAAUAGCACUUGAAGCAGCCUCCUCAAAUGGACAUCAGUACAACAGCAGCACAACAGCUAUAAUGUAUUUAUAUUUGUUAGUCCAGUAUUGCAUUCAAAACAUGGGAGUAGAUUUGUCUGUUUUUGUACGUGGUCUUGAAAGGGACAAAAAUAAAGACACCAAAUGUCUCAUAAAGGGCUGAUGAAAAGGUAUAUAAGGACAUUCACUGUAAUCGUCAUUUAACUCUUCAGCUGCAAAAGGAAUAUAAAAUGCAGUCAGCUUAGGCAACAGCAUUUGUCAAAAGAGAUGCAUCUGGAAAAAGUGAGGCUUGGAUCUUAUUUAAUAUCUGAACUGAUGCAAUUUUAAAAGCUUUCAAUCAGCAUGCUCAGUCAUUUGGUCAUUUGAGCUGUAUCUGUAUUUAUAUUAUUGAAUAUUAUUCUGUCUGUAAUACUGUAUCUAUAUAUUAUACUCGGUACAGCAAUGCAAAUUUGCCACUUUCCAGUGAUGCAUUAUAGUCCUUUCACUAACAAAAUGUUUGUUUGCUGUUUGUCUUGCAGCCAUCAACCUUAAAGGAAUACUCUGUCGUUUUUCAAACUAAUCUAUAUAUAAUCGUAUUUAUAUCAUUUUCUAUAUGGCUCCUGAUGUGGUUGAUCAGUAGUUGUAUUUGAUUGUAGUUGACCACAACAUGAUGCCCAUCUUUAGCUGGAGCUACAAGGCUGGCAUUGCUAAUAACCACUCAGUCAAUGGUCAACCUUUUCCUUGAAUACAUCUCCAAAACAUCUUUCAAUCCGCAUCCAGGUCUUCAUUUAGCGCAGAUUUCUCAAUGUGGUUUAGGAUGCACUGUGACUUACUGUCAACUGUAAACACAAACAACACUGUAGCUGAACGCUGCAGGCAGGUGGUUUACACAACAUGCUGAUCUUCAGACUCUAACUCUGCUUCACAAUGUAUGGACUCUAGACGUUUUGUUCAUUUUUAUACUCCCGGUAAGUUGUACUGUGUCCUAAACCAGUGGCUCUCGAAUCCAUAUCGCUGUCCCUGUACAUGUUGGGAUUUGGAAUCGAGCUAAAAUCUUGCGAGCACUUCGUACUUCUUUGAGGACCAUUGCUUUAAACCAUUUCAACAAGUCUGUGUGACCCUAAUAAAGACCAGAAUGCAGCUUGAGUGGGCUGAGAGAAGCUUUGAGGAGGUGUUUAUGGAAAAGAUUUGGGUAACUAUUGGCUUCUAGUGUUUGUUAGCAAUGUUAGCCUCAUAGCUCCAGCACUAAUCUAAAGAGGUAAUAAUUUAACACCAAAAAUGUCUUGGGUUUAACCUACAACUGGGUUAAGUGGGAAAUUGUUUUAAUUAGAUUUUCCAGCAGCACAUUCCUUUAACAUGAGCAAUAAAUUCCCUGUACUUGGUAAAGAACAGAAAAUCAAGACUUCACGUUUAGAAGGUUCGGUAUUUAACAAGUCAAAUCAUUGUCCUUGGUAAUUUUCUGUAUGAUACUUUCUGCUAAAGGAUGAAAAUCUCUGGAGUAUUCCUUUAAUCACAUUCUUAUGUCUGCUGAAAAGAUAUUUUAUAAUGUUGAUAGACAAAUGCAUUAAUAACCGUUAUACACUGGAAACAGACAGAUGUUUAUAUGUACAAGCUGAAGCUCCUGUUUCCCUUUGACAGUAGAGAUGCUGAUGAACAUGUUUCUUCAUGGUAGGUAUUAAGCCAUUAUAUUGAGUAAGAUUUCUAAAAUAUUUGGUCCAUGAAUUACACCACAGAGAAAAUUUUAACACUAAAGUGUUCACUUGUGCUGAAAAUAUGCCAAAUCAGCAGAAAUGUGCACCAACCUCCUUCACAUUCACUACCAAUCUUAAUGUUGCAGCACUAAUCAGUCUCUUCAGCUGUGAGGAGGACCAGGUUGAGCUGACCAGUUUAACUCAAGUGUCACCAUUCCAUGGCUUUUAGCUGUCACAUUAUUAUAACACUGGAAACAUUUAAGGGACCCCUGACUGUUACAACUUGUAUGCUUUUUUUAAAAUAUGAUGUUCAAAAUGGAAAUGUUUUGUUAUAAAAAACACGACAAAUAGGCAAAAUCCCUUUACCUAAUAUCUUGUCAAUGACUGUGUUUACAUACACUCAAUAACCAGAUUUCUGCAGUUAUCAGAUUAUUCAAAUGGUCAUGUGAACAGCAUACUCUGAUCUAGAAAUUUCUCAGUCUGUGCAUGUGCCAAAACGGUCUGCUGUACUGGAAAUAAGCAAGUGGUGUUGCUGUGAGAUGGCUUGGAGUUCAUAUUGUUCAUAUUUUCAGGUAAAGUGGCACUUUGGCACGAAGUUUGAUUUUUAUGUUACAAUUACGUCACGUCUUCCUCUGCGAGUUUAUUGGCCAGUUGCAUAGCGGAAAUCUAAUUACUGCCUAACUCAUGUAGAGCUGGAGUUUCCCCAUUAUCUGAUUACUCAAGUGCAUAUAAACGUGUUGAUCGGAUUACUGACAAUCUGAUUUUCUUCAGUUGUCAGAUUAAGUGCAUGUAAACGCACUCAAUGUCGCACUGUGAUGUCAUUUGGCUGCACUGGGCUCAAUUCUGCUGACAACAAAACAAUCAAAAAACCAUUUUCCUCUUGGAGAAUGUUAUGUUCUGGCUAAACUCAGAAAUGCGGAGUGACAAAGUUUUGGAGUAACAAAACUGCUGACCUACUAAUAAAAGGAUUUUGUGUUUUUAAUAAUAAAGUAUUUUGUUUGGUUUGUACAACAUAUUUUAAUAGUAUUGUAUAUGCACACCACACUAAGGCCUACAGCUGUAUGUAAAAUUUUAAUGUCUCUGGUCGAAUAAAAAGAAUCGUUUUGUAGAUUUUCUAAGUGAAAAGUUGACACGACCUCUACAAAGAACACGCUCAGAUAUGGCCUUUUUAUAUAAUUUUAGAUAUUGUCAAUUUUAGUGAACAGUUUUAGUUUAGUCACUGAGUUUAACAUAUAAGAAAAAAGAAAUGAUAAAAUGUGCCAACUUUUGCACAUGGAACUUUUUUUACUUCAUUUUCCCCAGUCCCUUCAGCAAAUAAACAGUGAUCGUGUGAAGUGUGUCCUCUGUAGAGGAUGUGUUAACAUAUUUUCACUUUAAAAAAAUUGACUGUAGAUGUCUUAACAGUCAGGGUUCCUUUUCACAUAAGCUUUUAAUUUCUUUAGUGUGCCUCAUUCAUCAUAAUGAUCUAAAGUUUUUCCAUGUAACCAUUUUGUCGUGUGCCUUUUUCUGUUAUUCAUGUGUAAUUUAUUAUUGCUCUCACAAUUUGACUAUUACUGAGUAUGAACAGAAUAUUUUGAUAUAAUUUGACAUAGUAAGCAUGCCUUAACUACUCACUGGCACUUGUGCAGCAGUUAAUCUAAAUUUCUGAGAUAGAACCCUUAACACAUGUACGCGCCAUGAACACCCACCAAAAUCUUUUUAUAAUGUGCUUUUUCGUCGUCUGGAUUUGCCUUUGUUUUAUUUGUUCAUCUUUGACUCCUACUUCAGUGAGGUAAUGCUGAACGUUGCUUUAUGCAGUACUGUGUCUUGGCAUUUAUUAUUAUCUAUAAGUAUGUAAAGUCUCACUUUCAUCACUUGUAUUGAAAGAAUGUUGAACAAUGUCAGGUGGUGAAAUGCAUAUGGAAUAAAAUUUGAGUUUGUAA